AGGAAGCAGUAGUAUUUUCCAGUAAUUAUAUUGGCUCAUGUUGAAUUAAUUUUUUUUACGAUGAUGGGGUGGGUCUGUGUGCAGGCCCAUACUUAAUAAAUUUAAGUGAAAUAUUUCACUGGACCUUAGUUAGUUAGUUAGUUAGUUAGUUAGUUAACAGUAGUUAAUAAUGGUAAGUGAUAAUGAUAGUGGGAAGGAGGAUCAGUUGGUCAGUAGUGCUCAAGUCAAAUUAGUCAAGUAUCGAAAUGUGCUUAAAGAGUCGAAAUUUUUCCAAGAAUCACAAGAUAUUUUGGGACAAUUAAGUAUUAAGUACAUUCGAUGCUUAGCUUUAGGAUCUCCUAUAGAUAUGACUAAUGCCAUGUAUCAAUUAGCAUAUAUUCUUGAAAUUAUGGAUAUACUUUCCAUUCCAACUAAGAACCUAUCACUUUAUGACCCAAUCUUUAAUACUAAUGAUGAAAAAUUUCUAAUUGAUAUAGUUAAUAGUACUAUAGAUGAGCAAAUACCGACUCAUUUCGCACCCGAAUCUACCUUAUACUUUUUACCGCAUGCUCCAAUAGAGUUAAUGGAAACUUUAUUAGAUACUGAAUUUCCUAUCUAUGUGCUUGGUAAUGAUGUGGUAUCACAUACUGAUGGAUUUACUAAACGGAAAUUAUUUGAAAAGUACCCAAAAGUCAGUAAACUUUUGAAUCAAAUACUGUCACCCAUUAAACUACAGCAAGAGCCAAAGCAAGAUGAAGUACCAUUUCAAACUCCAAAAUCGCGAUCUAGAAAGAAUAGAAAUAAAUUUGUAGAACCAGUAAUUGAUUAUACUACAGUACCAGUAUACUUUUCUGGGUGCAAAAUAGUUAGAUUUAAACAAUCAGUAAGUAAAGAUGCAGUAUGGGGUAAUGCAUUUUCUGAUUUGGCAUACCAUUUAAUUCUGGAAUAAAUGAAUAGAUAAAUAAUACAUGUAUAAAUAAU